GCUGCUGCUUCUUCCGCCCUGGCCCGGCCUCGGCCGAGAGGAUCUGUUGCCGUCAUGUCGGCUGCGAUUGCAGCUCUAGCUGCUUCCUAUGGUUCGGGUUCGGGGUCUGAGUCGGACUCGGACAGUGAGGGCAGCCGGUGUCGGCUGCCGGCCGCCGACUCCCUCAUGCACUUGACCAAGUCGCCUUCUGCCAAGCCCUCCCUGGCAGUGGCGGUGGACGCGGCUCCUGAAGUGGCAGUUAAGGAAGAUUUGGAGACUGGUGUUCAUCUUGACCCCGCUGUCAAGGAAGUCCAGUAUAACCCUACCUAUGAGACCAUGUUUGCUCCUGAGUUUGGACCAGAAAAUCCCUUUCGAACCCAGCAGAUGGCUGCUCCUAGAAAUAUGCUUUCUGGAUAUGCAGAACCAGCUCAUAUCAAUGAUUUCAUGUUUGAACAGCAAAGAAGAACCUUUGCCACAUACGGUUAUGCCUUGGACCCUUCACUAGACAAUCAUCAAGUGUCUGCUAAGUAUAUUGGUUCCGUGGAAGAAGCUGAAAAAAAUCAAGGCUUAACUGUAUUUGAAACUGGUCAGAAGAAAACAGAAAAGAGGAAGAAAUUCAAAGAAAACGAUGCAUCUAAUAUUGACGGCUUCUUGGGACCAUGGGCAAAAUAUGUGGAUGAAAAAGAUGUGGCCAAACCUUCAGAAGAAGAACAAAAAGAAUUAGAUGAAAUCACAGCAAAAAGGCAGAAAAAGGGCAAACAGGAAGAAGAGAAGCCUGGAGAAGAAAAGACUAUCCUGCACGUUAAAGAAAUGUAUGACUAUCAAGGCAGGUCCUACCUUCACAUACCUCAGGAUGUUGGUGUUAAUCUAAGGUCAUCUGUGCCACCUGAAAAGUGUUACCUUCCCAAAAAGCAAAUCCAUGUGUGGUCUGGACACACGAAGGGCGUCAGCGCAGUCAGAUUGUUCCCUCUCUCUGGACACUUACUGCUCUCGUGUUCCAUGGACUGUAAAAUUAAGCUAUGGGAAGUUUAUGGAGACCGGCGCUGUCUGCGAACAUUUAUUGGUCACAGCAAAGCUGUCAGAGACAUCUGCUUCAAUACAGCGGGGACACAGUUCCUCAGUGCAGCCUAUGACCGAUAUCUUAAACUCUGGGACACUGAGACAGGGCAGUGUAUAUCACGAUUUACAAACCGAAAAGUACCUUACUGUGUCAAAUUCAAUCCUGACGAAGAUAAACAGAAUCUCUUUGUGGCUGGAAUGUCUGAUAAGAAGAUCGUUCAAUGGGACAUUCGAAGUGGGGAAAUUGUACAGGAAUAUGACCGGCAUUUGGGUGCGGUCAAUACCAUUGUCUUUGUUGAUGAGAACAGAAGAUUUGUGAGCACAUCUGAUGACAAGAGCCUAAGAGUUUGGGAAUGGGAUAUCCCUGUGGAUUUCAAGUACAUAGCAGAACCCAGCAUGCACUCAAUGCCCGCAGUGACUUUGUCUCCAAACGGGAAAUGGCUAGCGUGCCAGUCAAUGGACAAUCAAAUCUUGAUUUUCGGAGCACAGAACAGAUUCAGAUUAAAUAAGAAGAAAAUUUUCAAGGGCCAUAUGGUAGCAGGCUAUGCUUGUCAGGUGGACUUUUCCCCAGACAUGAGCUAUGUGAUUUCAGGAGAUGGCAACGGAAAAUUGAACAUCUGGGACUGGAAGACCACGAAGCUGUACAGUCGGUUUAAAGCACAUGAUAAAGUGUGCAUAGGCGCAGUGUGGCACCCACACGAGACAUCCAAGGUCAUCACGUGCGGUUGGGAUGGCCUCAUUAAACUAUGGGAUUAGUCUUCCAGCUAUCGAGGGUCAUUCUUGAUCCCACGUCUUAUUUAACUAUUUAAUUAUUAAACAUGUUGGAUGACAGUUUGAUUUAUAGGUAAUGUUUUCCUUAUGGCCUUACAAAGUUGACCUAUUUUCAAGAAAAGCUUUGUAAAUCUGCCUCAUGUAACCCUAUUGGCUUUGGGAUCCCAGAGAAAGUAAUGAAAUUGAAUGACUCAGAAAGGCGCCAUACACUUACCAGUCCGAGUGCAAGGGCGGUAAAAGAACAGAGGUGACAGAGUAAAAUACAUACCGAGAGAAGGGCGAAUCCCCCCGCGGUACUGUUCCCAUCGCUGCCCAGGCCGUGUUCCAGUCGUUACAGUGUGUGUAGUCGCUGGCCUCGGGAGUUCCACUAUUGUUUAUGGCAUGAAAGCACUAUAAGGUAUAAACCUUGCUGACUGCAGCAUUCCUAUAAUUCUUCCAACAUUGUAAAAUUAAAACUCAGUCCAGCGUUCUCUCCGUGACAUUCUUCCUAAUCAGUGUAGACAGCGAAGUUCAUUAUUUCUGAAGGUGGACUUCACGAGAGCAAGCCAAGGCUUUGAAUUUUAUUUGUAUUCACUGUCAGGCCCUGGCAACACUCAGAAAUCAGGGUCUCGAGGUCAGUGCUUCACCGAUGUUACUCAGAAAUCCUUAUAGACAGCUGGUAUGAAGACAUAGUCCAAAAUGCCAUCUUGUAAUUUCUUUGAUGUUACAUAUUUCGCCUUAAAAAUUAUUCCUAUUUUAUGCUUGUGAAUGCAACAGAAUUUUGGCAUAUCAGAAAAAAAUAUAUACUUAUUUUAAAUCUUUGGAAUAAAAAAACGGCAUCCCAGGAAGAUCUCUAGACUUCCUUAGUUUGAGAAGCAGUGACCAUGGUUUUAAAAAAAUAAUAAUUUUGAAACUUUAGAUUAUGACUUGAAGUCAGCCUGCUGAGUAUAGUGGCUCAUGGCACUUUAGUCUGACAAGCUGUUUUUCCUACUUUGCUUAAGUUUCUAUUAGAUGUUUGAUUGUGGUGUGAGAUAUUUCAGUACCUUGCUGGAAAAGAUCGUCUUGACAGCUGCUCAGAGUGCCUUCUUGCAGCACAAAAUCAUGUGUGGACAACCUGUGAUCAUGACUCUUGUCCCAUGCGCCCUCGGGGAGCUUCCCUUUCUGAAACUUACAUUUAAAAAAGCCUGGAAAACAUAACUGUGCCCUAUAGCCACAUGUAAAUAAAUUCCCAAUGGGAAAAAAGGGGUAAAAGUGAGGAUGAAUUUUUUUUUUUACACACAGGCACUAAAAGAAAUACAGACACACUGCCUAGCAACAGCCAUUUGUUUCCACAUCUGCCAGGAAGGGUGGCAUGUGAGAGGAACUUCUUCAGAUGAGGCCUUUCUUUAGUCCCAGUCACUGGUUUUAACAAAUGUGAAUGACUGAAAUACAAUGGGACAGGAUGAAACAUACAUUGAAACUGUUGUUCAGCACCACUAUUGUAUAUGUUACAAAUCAUAAUGUCUAAAUCUGGAUUUAUUGUAUUGUGUUUUUGACUGUUUCUACACUAAGUAACUGUAUAUAAAAGUUUUCUCGUUUUUGAAAAGAUCCUAUUUUUGAAUAAAGCAUUCUUUUGUAGAAA